AUGGCUGAUCAGCGUGCAAUAACCGACUAUUCCCAUGAGGAUUCUGCGGUCAAGCCGCCGUCUUCGUGGAAAAGCUACCUUUGGGAUACGUUCGACCUCCCAACAGAAGAACGUUGGCUUCUGUUCAAGCUAGAUGCGUGUGUACUAACAUUUUCAUCAAUUGGCUACUUUCUCAAGUAUCUCGACUUGAACAAUGUUACAAAUGCGUAUCUUAGUGGUAUGGAGGAGGACUUGGAAAUGUUUGGAAAUCAACUAGUCACCAGCACUUCGAUAUUUACCGUCGGCUACGUUAUCGGCCAAGUGCCAUUCAACCUGCUAUUGACUCGAGUUUCACCCCGCUGGGUGAUUCCCUCUCUUGAAGUUGGUUGGGGCAUAGCAGUCAUAUUGGGUAUCUUCGAGUCUGGUUUCUACCCUGGUAUACACUAUAUGCUAGGGUCGUGGUACAAACCUUCCGAGAUUGGCAAACGGGCAAUGAUCUUCUGGCUAGCUGGAUCGGUAGGCCAAUUGUUCAGCGGUUUUCUACAAUCGGCAGCUUAUACGAAUCUCGAUGGAGUAUACGGACGGGCAGGUUGGAGAUGGCUUUUCAUCAUCGAUGGUAUCAUAACAUUCCCACUGGCAGUGGCUGGAUACUUUUUCUUUCCAAAUCUUCCCCACAGUGGUAUAAAGACAUGGUAUAUUACCGAGGAAGAACAGGAGAUCUCCGUUAAAAGAAUGAAGUCUAUUGGACGAGCAGGAAAGGCGCCUUGGACGAAGGCCAAAGUGAAAGCGUUACUGACAAGCUGGCAUACAUACCUUCUACCUCUAUUAUAUGUCAUAUGGAACAAUGGAAGUCUGCAGCCAGCUAUGGGUUAUUGGCUGAAGAGCUUCAACAAAACCCCCCCACCGGUACCUGGAACUCAUUACUCUAUAUCACAAAUCAACAAUUUACCCAAUAUUACAAUUGCUAUAUUUAUUGCGAUGGCUUUGUUAUGGGGAUGGCUAUCUGAUGGAGUAUGUCGCGGGGCUCGAUGGCCAUUCAUUUAUAUCGGCGCGGUCAUAACCCUAUUGUUCUCUAUCCUUCUACGUCAAAUGCCACUGUAUGAGAAUAUACAUGGUCGUAUGGUUGUGUUCUGGCUCAGCAAUAUUGGUGGCGGAGCUGGUCCACUUAUACUUACCUGGAUAAACGAAAUUUGUACUGCGGACACAGAAAAAAGGGCGUUCACCGUUGCGCUGGCUAAUGAUCUUGCUUAUGUCGUGCAGGCUGUUGCCCCGAAUUUUGUUUGGAAAACCACAGACUUCCCCGCAGCCCAAAAAGGAUACCUUUGGUCAAUAAUUCUGCAAAUUUUACUGGUUGUUCUGACUGCUGUAAUACAAUUUCUGCUAUGGCGUGACUCGAGGAAAGAGGCAUCCCGAAGAAUUUAUGUAAAUUCGUCGGAGGCAGAUUCCGAGGAUCUAGUACCGAACCUGUCGAAAGAGCCAGAUCUCAAAGGUGCUAUUGGUACGUCGCGAGUGGCCCCAGACCUGGACCAUCAAGUUUAG